AUGACCAACAUGGGAGCAGAAACAGCAGAGGUUGGAUCACAUCCUUCUUCUGUGAAAGAACUAGCAAAUGAGGCACUGACCAAAGUUCCAGAGAGAUAUGUUCGUCCAGAUAUUGACCCUCCAAUUCUAUCUGACACGCACUCUUUGCCUCAGAUCCCUGUCAUUGACCUAACUAAGCUGUUACUGAAGGGUCCUGAACUCGACAACCUAGACCUUGCAUGCAAACAAUGGGGUUUCUUUCAGGUUAUUAAUCACGGAAUUAGCAUGGAAGUGGUGGAGGAUGUAAAGAGAGGAGCUGAAGAACUGUUCAAUCUUUCAAUGGAAGAGAAGAAAAAGCUUUGGCAAAAACCAGGAGAUAUGGAGGGAUUUGGGCAGAUAGUUGAGAAGCCUAAAGAUGAGGCAUCAGAUUGGGUAGAUGGGUUCUACAUUUUGACUCUUCCAUCUCACUCAAGGAACCCCCACCUAUUUCCUAAUCUACCACAACCUUUCAGGGAGAACUUAGAGGUUUACUGCAACGAGAUGAGAGAGCUUGCCAUGAAGAUGUAUGCUGUUAUUGGGGAAGCACUUGGCAUAGGACCAAAGGAAAUUCAAGAGUCAUUAGGGGAACCAGGACAAGCCAUAAAGAUCAAUUACUAUCCUCCUUGUCCCCAACCAGAAAGUGUUCUUGGCCUAAAGCCUCACACUGAUGCUUCUGCACUCACCAUCCUUCUCCAGGGCAAUGAAGUGGAAGGCCUCCAAGUCAAAAAAGAUGGCACAUGGGUUCCUGUUCAACCCCUCCCAAAUGCUUUCAUGGUUUUUCUUGGUGAUGUUUUGGAGGUAGUGACAAAUGCGAUAUACAGAAGCAUUGAGCAUCGAGCAGUGGUAAACUCAUGGAAAGAAAGGUUCACCAUAGCUACUUUCAGUGGCCCUGAAUGGAAUGGAAACAUAGGUCCAGCACCAUCUCUUGUUACUCCACAAACACCACCAUUAUUCAAAACAAUUGAUGUAGUAGAUUUCUACCAGGGGUACCUUUCACCUCAGCAUCGUGGCAAAUCAUUCAUAAACAAUGUUUUGAGGAUCCACCACCACAACCUCAAAGGCUAG